GUUAAACUUCCUCUCUCAGCCACACAGGAAGCUGAGCCGGCUCGGGGCCCAGCCCCAAACUAACACAGGCCCCGGGGACCCCUGGGGAAAGUGCCAAGCCAGGCCAGCCCUGCAGGGACCAUGGGAUCCAGACCCGAAGGGGGUGCCCCUGCCGUGUUUGAUUGGUUCUUCGAAGCGGCCUGCCCUGCCUCUCUGCAGGAGGAUCCCCCAAUCCUGCGGCAGUUCCCUCCAGACUUCAGGGACCAGGAAGCUAUGCAGAUGGUGCCUAAAUUCUGCUUCCCUUUCGAUGUAGAAAGGGAGCCCCCCAGCCCCGCGGUACAGCAUUUCACCUUUGCCCUCACGGACCUAGAGGGCAACCGAAGAUUCGGUUUCUGCCGCCUGCGGGCUGGUGCCCACAGCUGUCUCUGCAUCCUCAGCCACCUGCCUUGGUUCGAGGUGUUCUACAAGCUACUGAACACAGUGGGAGACCUCCUAGCCCAGGACCAGGUCUCAGAGGCUGAAGAUGUUCUUCUCGAUCUACUGAAGCAGUCCCUGCCUGGGUCCCAGCCCUCAGUGGAUCUGGAGCCGGGCAGCAGAGUGACGAUGUCCAGCGCGCACGGCGUGCAGCCACCUGCCCCCGGGAAUGGCAGGCCGCUUUCCUCCUUCGUGGCUCCCGAUUCUGACCGCCUGCCGUCCAUCCCUGAGAACAGGAACCUAACGGAGCUGGUGGUGGCUGUGACCGCCGAGAACAUCGUGGGGCUGUUCGCCGCACUCCUGGCGGAGAGGAGAGUCUUGCUAACCUCCAGCAAGCUCAGCACACUGACAUCGUGCGUCCACGCCUCCUGCGGGCUCCUGUACCCCAUGCGCUGGGAGCACGUGCUGAUCCCCACGCUGCCCCCGCACCUGCUGGACUACUGCUGCGCGCCCAUGCCCUACCUCAUUGGAGUGCACGCCAGUCUCGCCGAGAAAGUGCGAGAAAAAGCCCUGGAGGACGUCGUUAUGAUGAACGUGGACUCCAACACCUUGGAGACGCCCUUCGACGACGUGCAGGCGCUGCCCCCAGACGUGGUGUCCCUGCUGAGACUCCGGCUAAGGAAGGUCGCUCUGGUCCCCGGGGAAGGGGUGUCCCGUCUCUUCCUCAAAGCCCAGGCUCUGCUCUUUGGAGGGUACCGAGACGCGCUCGUCUGCAGCCCGGGCCAGCCAGUGACCUUCAGUGAGGAAGCCUUCUUGGCCCAGAAGCCUGGGGCCCCCCUGCAGGCCUUCCACCAGAAGGCGGUGCACUUGCAGCUGUUCAAGCAGUUCAUCGAAGGCCGACUGGAGAAGCUCAACACGGGGGAGGGCUUCUCAGAUCAAUUCGAGCAGGAGAUCACCUGCUGCGGAGCCUCCUCAGGCACGAUUCGCUCCUAUCAGCUCUGGGCAGACAACCUAAAGAAAGGUGGUGGCGCCCUCCUGCAUUCGGUCAAGGCCAAGACCCAACCAGCUGUCAAGAACAUAUACCGCUCGGCCAAGAGUGGCUUGAAGGGUGUGCAGAGCCUCAUGUUCAAGGAUGGGGACUCUGCCCUCCAAAGGGGGGGAUCCCUGAGGGCCCUCAGCCACUCAGAUCGCCUGCAACAGCGUCGACCCAUCAUUCAGCACUUUGGACAGAACAGGCCCCUUCGCCCCAGCAGGAGGCUCUGCCUAGAAGAAGGACCCUCUGAGCCCCCAGGGGAGGGGACACCUCCUCUGAGUCCUGAGGGCGCCCAAGGCCUGUGGGCAGAGGACGCUCUGGACAGCAGUUUCUUGGGGUCUGGGGAAGAACUGGACCUGUUGAGCGAGAUUCUGGACAGUUUGAGUGUGGAAGCCAAGAGCGCAGGCAGCCUGCGACCGAGCCAGAGUCUAGACUGCUGUCACAGAGGGGACCUGGACAGCUGCCUCAGCCUGCCCAACAUACCAGGAAGAGAAGGAUGGCAACUGGAUGAGGAGAAACCCUCAGAACCCCAGCCCCCAUUCCAACCUGUGCACCUGUUGUCCCUGCAACACGCUCAGCCUUUGGAUGACACCGGUGCCUCAAAGAACCCCAAUCCCCAGCUACCCUCAGAGGCCAACCAAGAAGUCACCUCUUCAUCCCAGUCCUGGACAGCGUCUGCAGACCCAAGCAGCCAAGCGGACCCUGAAUCCUCCCCUUCCACAGAAUCUCUAAUCCUUCAUCUCUCCCCUCCCGCCAAAGUGGCUGGAGAUUCUAGAGCCCAGGAGAGCUCCUGCUCCAUGCUCCCCACAGCUCCCACCCAGCCAAAAUCUCCAGAAAGCCCCCCACUUCUGGCCCCCACAAAGCCCAGCUCUGACAUUGCCUGGACAUCCCAGCCUCUGCAUUCUUCCUCGGGCCCCAGCUCUCCGGAGACCCCCAUGACCCAGCCUCCCAAGGUCCUGCUAACAAGGCAUGCUCACCUCCAGCCGCCCAAGGAGCAGGGAGCCCCUGACCCCCCUGCUGCACCCACAAGCAACUGGCAAGAACCCCAGGCCAGGAGCCGGCCCAGAGUCGCUGACCUUAAGAAGUGCUUUGAGAGUUAAAGAUCAGGAGUCCAGAGGACACCCUAGUCCCUCAAUAAAGCCACAAGAGCCCA